UUUAACGUGUAUUUUAAACCUAAACACACUGCUAACAGUAUGCCUAAACCUAACCUUGGACUAAGACCAAACUGCACAUUUUUGUUUUCAUACAUUUUUACGAUUUGGACAUAAUCAUUUAUACUUUGUGGGUGUAAUAUCUAGUGGAAACCCAGUGAGAGGGACGUGAAUCAUCUGGGGUUAACAAGAAACAAUAAUUUAUGUCGAACGAAACAGUCGUAUUUUGUUGUUUAGCAAGCUAGCUGGUAAACUGUAACAACCCUGUGUCACAUACACUCACCCUCUGUAGUAGCUGGGACACGAGUUGCAGAAAUGACAGAGCUACGGCACCGCGGAACGACUGAAAACGACCUAUAUCAACAAUCCGAAGACAAGGGAUCUGAGAAUGAGGGGAAAGCAGAGGGGGUGUCUGAAAGCGAGACCAAGCCUGAUACAGGGCUCCCGGAGGUGCCUGUCCCUGCUGAUGACACCCCUGAGGUUCUCAAUAAAGCCCUAUCUGGACUGUCCUCACGAUGGAAGAACUGGUGGGUGCGAGGGAUCCUGACUCUGGCCAUGAUCUCCUUCUUCUUCAUCAUCAUCUAUCUGGGCCCCAUGGUGCUCAUGCUGAUUGUGCUGUGUGUGCAGAUCAAAUGCUUCCAGGAGAUCAUCCACAUCGGUUACAGUGUGUACCACUCCUACCACCUGCCCUGGUUCAGAACGUUGAGUUGGUACUUCCUGCUCUGUGUAAACUACUUCUUCUACGGAGAGACGGUGACAGACUACUUCUUUAAUCUGGUGCAGAGGGAGGAGCCGCUGCGCAUCCUCAGCAAAUACCACCGCCUCAUCUCCUUCGCUCUGUACCUCACAGGUUUCUGCAUGUUCGUGCUGAGCCUGGUGAAGAAACACUAUCGUCUGCAGUUCUAUAUGUUUGGCUGGACUCAUGUAACUCUGCUGAUCGUAGUGACCCAGUCCCACCUCAUCAUCCACAACCUGUUUGAGGGAAUGAUCUGGUUCAUCGUGCCCAUCUCCUGUGUGAUCUGCAAUGACAUCAUGGCCUACAUGUUUGGCUUCUUCUUUGGACGUACUCCACUCAUUAAGCUGUCUCCUAAGAAGACCUGGGAAGGCUUCAUCGGCGGAUUCUUUUCUACUGUUGUGUUUGGGAUCCUGUUGUCCUAUGUGAUGGCAGGCUACAGCUUCUUUGUGUGUCCAGUGGAGUUCAACAGCGACCAUAACAGUUUUGAGGUGGACUGUGUGCCCUCUGAUCUGUUCCAGCUACAGGACUAUGCCCUGCCGGCCACCCUCGAGUCCCUCACUGGAUGGCCCACAGUGCGCCUCUACCCAUUCCAGAUUCACAGCAUCUCCCUGUCUGCCUUUGCCUCCCUCAUGGGACCCUUCGGAGGCUUCUUUGCCAGCGGCUUCAAGAGGGCCUUUAAGAUCAAGGACUUUGCCAACACCAUCCCCGGUCACGGUGGCAUCAUGGACCGCUUCGACUGCCAGUACCUCAUGGCCACGUUCGUCAAUGUCUACAUCGCCAGCUUCAUCAGGGGCCCUAACCCUGCCAAGGUGGUCCAGCAGCUUUUAGCCCUGCGCUUGGACCAGCAGCUCAACAUCUUCAACUCCUUAAAGAGCCACUUGAUAGAGAGGGGUCUGCUGGAGGAUGUAGCCUAGGGCCCUCACGGCCAGCCCCAGGUCACCCUACUGGGCACACAGAGAGGAGGGCAGCGCCUGGCACCAGAAAGCCCUGGAGGUGUGGGAGAAGAAGUGUGGUGCUCGUAUGAGCAAGAACACAUCUGAGAAAGUAACUCAAUUCUUUGGGUUAUUCAAUUUUCUGUGUGACAGAGGGAGGGAGUGUAUAUAGUAUGAAAGAAAGUGUGUCCUAAACUGUUUUCCUUUGUCAGUGUUUCAGGUUGUAUUUGUGAGUAAAUUUAUGUCAGCUAUAGUAUCUACAACACAGUGAUGCCACUUGAUCUGUGUACCACAAUGAGGUCAGGUAUACAUGUGUGUGAAUAUUUUAUGGUAUAUAUAUAUUUUAUUUGUGUUUUAAUGCACUGCUCAAAAUAGUCACACUGUAUCGUCCUCUUCAUCUGCCACAAUUUUAUUUGCUUCUUUCAUCGUAAUAAUUGUUUGUAUUUAUAUAUUUUUUAUUUUACCUUUUUAUUUAACUAGGCAAGUCAGUUAAGAACAAAUUCUUAUUUUCAAUGACGGCCUAGGAACGGUGGGUUAACUGCCUUGUUCAGGGGCAGAAUGACAGAUUUUUACCUUGUCAGCUCGGGGAUUUGAUCUUGCAACCUUUUGGUUACUAGUCCAAUGCUCUAAACACUAGACUACCCUGCCGGCCCACCUAUUAUAUAAUAUGUGUGGUUGAGUUUUUACGUUGAAAUCUUCCAUUGUAUCCCUGUUUUGUAUAGUCAAUGUGAAUUUUACCCGGUAGAGGUUCACUCUGCUUUUGGCACGUCAUGCUGCAUAUCGGUGUGUUUCUGUCUCUGUUACCAUGGAGUGCGUCUCAAAUGCUACCCUAUUUCCUACAUAGGGCACUACUUCUGACCAGAGCCCUAUGUGCCCAGGCAUCAUCAACAAGAUUCAGGCGUGGCUGGUCAGGGGACUGGAAGAUAAUUACAAAUCAUUUGUAGACUGCAAGAAGCCCAAGCAGAUAUAAUAUUUGACUAAAACAUAAUAAUUUAAAACCUUGCUUACAUUUGUAUAAGAUCACAUAUAUUUCCAAAAUUAAAAUCACUGAUUUGCUGGUGUUUUUAGUCUCAUUUCCCCCCUCCCCAAAAAAAUUUGCCCAUGGGACAAAUUCGGCUAGCGAGCCACCAGUUGGGGAACCCUGAUGUAGGGAACAGGGUGCCAUUGUAGACACUCAUGCUUCACCUGUAGCUUCAUUCACACCCAGCCACACCGUUCUAGGAAGUGGACUGUCUAAAUUGGGAGCAAAACACCACUGGAUUUGACAGGAUUAUUGACUAUCAUUAUUGCUACAAAAUGGAGGUUAAGGUUAAAACAUUCCCUAGGAGCAAUAGAAUAAUGUUUGAAAGUGUAAAAUGACAAAAGGAAUAGUAUAGGAAUGUAUUUUACAAUAUAUUUCAUUGCUAUGUAAUAUUCUACUACAUAAUGGUCUGCCUUAAUGUUAAACUUAAUUUUAAACGAUUGUGAUCUCCUUUUGGUGUGGGAGUUGGACAUCAGGGUUUCAGCUGUGGUUAUUUAUUUUCCAAUCAAGUUCCGUUAUCAGAGAUGACGAUGUGUGAAGGGUCCUUUCAGUUCACCCUGGAUGACAGCCACCAGAGUUGUAUAUACAGGACCAGUCAAAAGUUUGGACACACUUACUCAUUCAAGGAUCUUUCCUUCAUUUUCCUAUUUUCUAGAUUGUAGAAUAAUAGUGAGGACAUCCCAACUAUGAAAUAACACAUAUGGAAACAUGUAGUAACCCAAAAAGUGUUAAGCAAAUUCUUCAAAGUAGCCACCCUUUGCCUUG